GCAGACCCGGCCGCUCUGUCUCCGCUUCCGGCAGCGCCUCUUCGCUCCAGAAGCCGCUGUCGCUGAGCACGCAGUUUCCAUGGGGACCAAAGAUGGCGCCGCGAGGUAAACGGUUGUCCUCAACCCCCCUGGAAAUCCUCUUCUUUCUGAACGCGUGGUAUUAUGCUACCUAUUUUCUGCUGGAACUCUUCGUAUUUCUGUAUAAAGGUCUCCUGCUACCAUAUCCAACAGCCAACCUAGUACUGGAUGUGGUGAUGCUCCUCCUUUAUCUUGGAAUUGAAGUAAUUCGACUGUUUUUUGGUACAAAGGGAAAUCUCUGCCAACGAAAGAUGCCGCUUGGUAUUAGUGUGGCCUUGACCUUCCCAUCUGCCAUGAUGGCCUCCUAUUACCUGCUGCUGCAGACCUACGUGCUCCGCCUGGAAGCCAUCAUGAACGGCAUUUUACUCUUCUUUUGUGGUUCAGAGUUGCUGCUUGAGGUGCUCACCCUGGCCUCUUUCUCCAGUAUGGACAGGAUUUGAAGUACAAAAAUUUCAGCCAGCAGAGCCCAUCAGGGUGACACCAUACAUACUUCUGGCCCUUUAGCCACACCAAUGAGGAAUGGUGGGUCAAGCUGUCCUGAGAAAGGUUGUGCAGCUUUUCCUCAGCACAGACAUUUGGGUAACCAACCCAGCAUAAAGCCAGUGGGCACCAUCUUCUAAACUGGGACCAUAAGCCCAAGAAACUCUUCUGCACUCCAGUGUAGGGAGGGGUAAGGUUAUUCCCAUCCUGGCCCUUCUCAGAAUAAAUUCCCUGCUGACCUCAAGUUUUCCUCUUUGAUCUUCAUGGCCAGAGCAUCUUGUGCAGACCGUCUAGGCUCCUAGGGCUUCCAGCAAGACCUGAGCCACACGUUGCCUGUAUGUGCUGUGCCACACCUGUCCUGCAUGAGCAGAGAGAGGCUGAUGUUAGUGGGCUCCCAGAGUGGUACAAAAGCCUCUCACCCCAUUCCUCAAUAAGACAGAGCUCCAGAACUUUUUUAGUAGCUCAUAGUGUUA